UGAGUCUUGUAAGAUUUGCAGUGUUUAAAGUAAAAUUGAGCAGAGUUCCAGCUGUUGCUAGAAAUGUCAACAUGAUUGGGGUGCACAAUAGUUGUAACCACAAAGGGGGCGCUGCACUAAGAGUUUGAGAAGCGGUGAGGAGGAGAGGCAGAGUUCAUUAAUUCACAGGUCAGAGUGAAUCUCAGUGGUGUGAUGGGGAUUUCAUGGUGUCCUGUUUCUCAGGGCUGGUCGUCAAGGCCCCGAGGAGCGAGCUGGGCUGGUUUCUGUUCUUACACUCAGUUAAUUGUAUUCACAAAGCUUCCCAUGUGUAAAGUGGGUCCUGAUUACAUGGCAGGCAUGGAAGUGGAGGACAUGGUUUUCAUAAUGGAGAAGAACAAUGAGAGAGGGAGGAGGGAACAAGGGAGAGAGAGAGAGAGAGGGAGGUGGUCACAUACUGUACAUCUGUAAUUGGUGACUAAACUGGAGACACACCAUACAUCACUUAUGUCCUCUCCACCGGGUCCCUUCUCUGAAAACGCGCAGCCAGAUGCGCAUUUUGGAGAGGUUCAGAGAGGAGACGUGAGAGAGCACAGGCUUCUCCAUCGCCUUGACACUAAAGGAAACAUACGUCUCCUGCUUGGAUUUAAGCAGACGUAACCCCGCCUUGAUUUCCACACUUCUUUACAGCCUCCUGCCUCCAUCAGCGCCGUCACUGAGGCUCCCGUGCACCAGGGCGGACGGAGACGCACAACAUCCUGCACUUUCUCCCGGACAGAAGCACUUUACACCGUCACAUCAGUGACUUUUCUGCAAACAACGGAAACUGUUCUUAGAGUAACGCAUUUGCAUUUCACUGCUUUGACAUUAUUAUUGUCAUUAUUUUAUCACCCUGUGAGACAGCGACAGUCCCGGUCUCCUGGACUGACGGUCCGAGCGCUGCACGUUCUCUGCUCAUUUAUGCGGGAACAACGAUGUGCAGAGCAAAUGAAGGAUACACGGGGAGAUAAGUGUCCGUGGACGCUCUUGGACUUUACCCCUGCUGCCUGCAAACACUCUGCUCUAGUCAAACUUAUGGCGUGAAGGACACACUCCUGGCCUUCAUCAUUCACAGCUAAUGGAUGUCUUUACCCAGUAUGCCUACAACGAUAGUUUCUCUGACAAUGGCACGUGGAGCUUCAACGACACCCAACAGGAGCAGAAGCAUCAGUACAACUACUAUGCCAUGCUGCUCACGUUGCUCAUCUUUGUCAUCGUCUUCGGCAACGUGCUGGUGUGCAUGGCCGUUUCCAGAGAGAAGGCUCUGCAGACCACCACCAACUACCUGAUUGUCAGCCUGGCUGUCGCUGACCUCCUGGUGGCCACACUGGUUAUGCCCUGGGUUGUUUACCUGGAGGUGGUGGGAGAAUGGCGCUUUAGCAAGAUCCACUGUGACAUCUUCGUCACUCUGGACGUGAUGAUGUGCACGGCCAGCAUCCUUAAUCUCUGUGCCAUCAGCAUUGACCGGUACACAGCAGUUGCAAUGCCCAUGUUGUACAACACUCGGUACAGCUCCAGGAGGAGGGUCACAGUCAUGAUCUCUGUGGUGUGGGUGCUGUCUUUCGCCAUAUCUUGUCCACUGCUGUUUGGCCUGAAUAACACAGCUACCCGAGAUGAGUCACUUUGUGUGAUCGCCAACCCAGCCUUUGUGGUCUACUCCUCAAUUGUGUCCUUCUAUGUCCCCUUCAUCAUCACUCUGCUGGUUUAUGUGCAAAUUUAUGUGGUCCUGAGGAAGCGCAGGAAACGUGUAAACACAAAACCCAAGCAGCGAAUGUGUCAGGCUGCCGAGCCUGAUCUGGCCACUUCACUGAAGGAUAAGUGCACUCAUCCAGAGGAUGUGAGGUUGUGCACCAUGAUUGUAAAAUCUAAUGGGAGUUAUCCUGUCAACAAGAAGAAAGUGAUCUUUAUCAAAGAUGUUGCCAGCGAGGGCCAGGAUCUGGAGUUGGACGAACUGAAUAACAGUGGAAGCAGCCAGAAACAGAAACAGCAGUCACAGGGAGCACUUGGAGAAAUGCCGGCCACAAGCCAUCAGCUUCUGAUGCCUGAGAAGGUUAACGCCAGCCCCACUUCUACACCACCUACACCACCUGAGGAGGGCCAGAAGGCAGAGAGGAACGGAGAUCCAACCAAGGAAGCUCAGGUGGAUCCUGCACCUGUUGUGGUGAAAGCCUUCCAGACACAGGCCUUACCCAACGGCAAAACUCAAACCUCUGUGAAAACUAUGAACAAGAGGAAGUUCUCGCAGCAGAAGGAGAAGAAGGCCACUCAGAUGUUAGCCAUUGUUCUGGGCGUAUUCAUCAUAUGCUGGCUGCCGUUUUUCAUUACACACAUCCUCAACACCCACUGCACCAAAUGCAAGGUUCCUGCUCAGAUGUAUAAUGCUUUUACUUGGCUGGGCUACGUGAAUAGUGCUGUAAAUCCCAUCAUAUACACCACCUUUAAUGUUGAGUUUCGAAAGGCAUUCAUUAAGAUCCUGCACUGCUAAACUGCAGCAUCGCUCGUCUUGCUCAACAGCGGGAGGAGCGGUGAUUUCAAAAAAUCAAAAUACCUCUUCCUGCUAAGGAAAAUUCAACAACAAUGGGGGAAAAAGGGCUGCAGUUUGCUUUGAGUAAGUGACAGACUGAGCGUGUCUUACUUGAAGCCCUGCAGGCUUUACAUGUGACAUACGUGUGGACUCCAAAUCACUGAAUGUAAAAGAAGAAAUUUGUGAAAGGACGAUUUGUUCCAGAAGAAAAUCUCUCAUCGUUCUCUAAAAUCAUCGUGAUUGUCGGAAUUGUAUGAAGCCAUCUGUGUAUACUACACAAGUACGAGUUGCAAAAUUGCUAUUUACUGUAUGUGUACUCUAUAUUUUGAUGAUGGGGAGUUUUCUGCAAGUGUAAUAAGUAUCUAGUCAGUGUUCAUUGCAGUGUUACAACAGAAUAUUUGAGCUUUUAUUCUGAAAAACACGUUUCGGUAAUGUGUGUUCAAAAAGAUACAAUUCACUUGCUGUACAAUGUGGCAAUGCCAAUAAUGACACAUUUGCAAUUUUAUAAAUUGAAGAAAAUGAUAUUAUUGUAUUUAUUCAACUUUCUUGUCAUCAUUUGCUGUACAUAGGAUUUUUUCUUAAAAAAAGAAAAAAAAUUCCGUGAUUAUGCCUGCAAUGGAAAUGUGGUGCAUGCUCCACUGCUCCUCUACUUGACUUAACGCAAAUUCUCAUGAAAUGUAUGUUAAGCAAAAAAAAAAAA